AUUAUUACAACGUCAUGUGACGGCGCUACGUGUUAAAAAAGAUGCUUUUAUUUUUUUAAACGAGCCAUCCCUUUUUCCGAUAAUUGUAAAUAAUUAAGAAAUUCAAAGUAUCCAAGGGAAGCCGGAGGGGAAUUAUCGAUCCGGCUCGACGUUAAGCCAUGUGGCCGAACAGUGCUCUCUGUUUCUCCUGAAUGAACACACCACUGAACCUCCUCUCUCCUCAAACAUUGUUUCAGCGGCAUGCUGUUAAAUAUCAGCAAGAUUGACAAAAUCGCUAGGCGUCAGUCUAAUGGAGAUUGAACGGAAAAACUUUUUAUUGUGGGCGAUGGAGGAUUGGGGUACGUCGACGACGGUCAUCCUCAUCACAGGGAUAGCAGCUGCAUCGAUCUACUACCUGACCAGGCCUAAGUCCGAAAGGCCUCUCGUCCCGCUUCAUAGACAAUGCACCGUCCUGCCGGGCCCUGAGAUGAUAAGGGUGUCCAAAUUUUACAAAGACAGUAAAGAUGGAAAAUUUGUAAGCUUUUUAUCAGAAGACACUAGGACAUUGUACGACACGUUUAGAAAAGGGGCCAAAUCAUCUAAUGAUGGGAAAUGUGUCGGAUGGCGAGAAAACCCUAAUAAACCGUACCAGUGGAUGCACUACAAUGAGACGUUGCUUAGAGCGAGGAAUUUUGGUUCUGGCCUCGUUUCAUUGGGCCUAGCUCCCAAUCCAAACACCUUUAUCGGCGUCUACUCUCAAAAUUGUCCGGAAUGGAUUUUAACGGAACAGGCCGCGUACUGUUAUUCAAUGGUUAUUGUCCCUUUGUACGACACACUCGGUCCUGAUGCAUGUUCUUAUAUUAUAAGCCAAGCUGAAAUAGAAAUUGUCGUUUGUGAAAACGAUGCUAAAUGUAACAUGCUAUUGGACAGGGCGCCCAGGCACCUUAAAAAAAUCAUCAUUAUAAAAGAAGCUAGUCCAGCCACUAAACAAAGGGCGAAAAAUCGAGGAGUAGAGAUCAUUAAAUUUGACAUGGUUGAGAAACUAGGAGCAGCUAAUAGUGUCCCCGAAGUGCCUCCGAAACCUAGUGACCUGUGUACUAUAUGCUACACAUCUGGAACAACUGGAAAUCCAAAAGGAGUUAUGUUGAGCCACGAAAAUGUGGUCGCUGGUGUUUGUGCUGUGAUACUUCAGUUAGGUGAUCAUAAACCAACCGCCGAUGAUACAAUGAUAUCAUUCCUACCGUUAGCUCAUAUGUUGGAAAGGUGCUGUGAGAAUGGGAUGUACUUGGUAGGAGGUUCAGUCGGCUUCUUUUCUGGUGACAUCACAAAGCUUUCUGACGAUAUGAAAGCACUCAGGCCAACGGUGACACCAGCGGUGCCAAGAUUAUUGAACAGAAUAUAUGAUAAAGUCAUGGCUGAAGUUAAUUCUUCUGUAUUAAAAAAAAUUCUUUUCAAUAUGGCCCUUAGCUCAAAGCACAAAGAAUUAAAAAAAGGGAUUGUCAGGAGAAACAGUUUUUGGGACAAAACAGUUUUUCGUAAAGUCCAAGAGCAGAUGGGAGGGAGACUGAGAAUGAUGAUAGUGGGCUCUGCGCCAUUGGCUGGCAAUGUGUUGACUUUUGCAAGAUGCGCCCUUGGUUGCAUGAUAGUCGAAGGGUACGGCCAAACUGAAUGCUGCGCUCCUGUUACAUUGACAGUCCAAGGGGAUCACGUUCCUGAACACGUCGGCCCUCCCGUAGCAUGUUGCUGUGUAAAGCUAGUCGAUGUACCUGAAAUGGAAUACUUUGCUUCGAUGAACCAAGGUGAAGUCUGCGUCAAGGGUACAAAUGUCUUUCAAGGCUAUUUCAAAGACCAGGACCACACAUCAAAGACUAUUGAUGCCCUCGGUUGGCAUCAUACUGGCGACAUCGGCCAGUGGCAACCUAAUGGCACCUUGAAAAUAAUCGACAGGAAAAAACAUAUCUUUAAACUGUCCCAAGGAGAGUACAUAGUGCCUGAAAAAAUAGAAAAUAUUUAUAUAAGGAGUCAGUAUGUUUACCAAGUAUUUGUACAUGGGGAAUCUCUAAAAUCCUGUGUUAUAGCGAUUGUAGUGCCUAAUGUUGAUGUAGUUAAAAGCUGGGCUUUAGAAAACCAAAUUGAAGGUACAUUUUCUGUACUCUGUGCACAUCCUGAAGUAAAGAAGUUAAUAUUAGAUGAUAUGAUUACCUGGGGUAAAGAAAGUGGCCUUAAAUCAUUUGAACAGGUUAAAGAUAUAUAUUUGCAUCCAGAUCCCUUUUCUGUACAAAACGGGCUCUUGACUCCCACGUUCAAAACAAAAAGACCACAACUUAAAGCUUACUUCAAACCCCAGCUUGAGGACAUGUACGCCAAGCUGACGUAACGAUGGGAGUCCAUUGAAAAAUUAUUCUUAAACUAAUUUAUAUAUGUAAAAUAAUAGGUUUUAUGAAUAUCAUGUUUCUUUCUGCAAAUUUAUUUAUAACAUUUAAUUAAUUACACUAAAAUUUAGGAGAUUGGGGGGGAAAAAACCUAGUCGAUUUGUUUAAAAGAAGCCUCAAAUAAUUAUAAUGUUAUCUUUUUAUACGUGUUUUUUGAUUCCUGUAUUUUUCAUCUCUAGAAGUCACAUUUAGAAAUAACAAAAUUGUGUAUUAUAGAUAGCAAUAAAGGAUGGCAAACACAGAACAAAAACCAUGCUUUUCAUGCUGAUAAAAUUGUAAUUUUUAUGAUUGAGUUGAAGGGUAAAGCAUAAUGGACAGAACAAAUUUAAAAAUUAAUAUUUCAAACUCACAAUAUAAGCAUGUAAUUUCAGUCAAUUAUGAACUGAGCCGUUUAAGGCACAACUCUUAAAGCAAUUUGUGAGUCUUCCAUUGGCUUCAAAAUUUAUCUAAUUAAUGAACAAUUUGGGUAAUUAUUUAUAAUAAAUAGAGCUUAAAAAGCAGUUUCUCCCCUGCGAGGGAUUCUUGUAAGAUUUCAUCUGUUCGUGUUAUAUUUCAUGAAUUGAUAUAAAUUGAAAGUUGAUAUAAAUGUGAUUUGAGAAUGUUUAAAAAAAAAAA